GCGCCGAGAGGGCGUGCUACGGUCGAUCGAGCGAGAGUGAGCGCUGCCGGCGGCAUAGAGGCCGAGUUAAACGGGCCAGAUCGCAGAUGGACGUCCGCGGGAGCGUUCUGUCAUGGAGAGCACAACGCGACGUGUCGUAAGUGUGCUCAAGUGUCGUCAUCGUCGUGGUCGUUGCCGUACUCGUCGCGUGUGUAGUAUUUCGGAGCGUGUCGCGAGAUUAUCAGAGUGACAGUCAACAAAGAUAGGCGUGCGUAAGGAUCGCGGUGCUGUUGGUGCUACUAUAUCGGUAUAUAUCGUGAACUGUGGCAGUCGAAUAAUUACAUCGGAGCCACGUCUGUACGGUUCGAAGGCGUGUUUUCAUCGCCGAAUAAAAGAGUGCUCUUCCAUCGAUCGAGCAAUCAAUACGCACGUGCGUUCGACAAUCGAUUUGUCGUGCGGUCGAUAGAUCGGUGAACGGUGCUGUGACAUGUUAACUACAGUGCGUGCCAGUGUGUCUAUUAAUAGAACUGUGUGAUUCGGUGUGCCGCGAAUAAUCCACGUGCUCCAUCGAACAGGGAACGAUAUACCUAUUGAACUUGUCAACAAACGAUUCGACCGCAACAAGGGAACGCAGAGGGGAUACAAAACGGUGGGGAGAAGACAUAUUCGUCGAAUCGAGUCAAUGUCGACGACGUAACGCGCCUGUUUCCGCGUGACAUGAAGGUAUUGUAAACACGCACGACGCAGUCACAUAUUUAUUACGAAAUUGAAACUGAGUGAGCACGUUGGUGCCUCGUGAAGAGCUAGUAAACAAACAACUCGAACAAGCUGGUAUACCUCAGCGAUUUGUUUUUCUCUGGCGCUAGUAUCGCGAACGUAAUAUACCGCUUCUCAUACACCGGCGACCGAAUCACACUUUGCCCUUCAAGCAAACGAAGCUUCGAUCACAUCGUGGGAUCUUGAUCGUGUCACGAAGCCGGUAUCACGGUGCAAGAGAUUGCGACUGUUAGUGAGUGAACGUAUCAUUGGAUAAGUGUUAUCCUCGCCUUCUCUCUCUGGAAUACAAAAUCCUGUUAACCCGAUCCGUUAACGUAACGGGCACGGACAAGUGGCCGAGCGUACCUCGCCGCUGCGCAUGCGCGUAAACGAAUUAUUUGCGCGCGUAAAUAUAAAACUCUCCCGGCGGAGCGUGUACGGCGCGUCGAUAAAAGCGAAUCAACGAGAAGAGUAGAAUCUUAUAUCAGCGAGGAGCUUGUUCUCGCUGGUUAACGGCGUACCGAGGAGAAGAAGAAUAAAAAAAAAAAAGGGAGGGCGAGAGACGAACGAUGCUGCUGUCCGGUCGUCGCGGUUAAUUCGCACGUGUCGCGAUGUCGGGCGGCACGGCGGGCGUCCGUGGCACCGGCGCCGAGUGCAGGAAGUUCGCGCCGAACAUAUUCAACAAGAGCAAGUGCAGCAGCUGCUUCAAGCAGAAGGAGGAGCACAGCGCGGAGGCUCUGGAAUGCAACAGGGCAACGAGAAAGAUUUCAAAAUGCGGAUACCUGUUCGUCGCCCCGGGCUGGGACUUCUCGAAUCCUUUGAACCGAACGAAGAGGUGGCAAAGAAGAUGGUUUGUGCUGUACGACGAUGGCGAGUUGACGUACUCGGUGGACGAACACCCGGAAACGGUACCUCAAGCGAGGAUCGACAUGACCCGGGUGUUAGAGGUCGCCGCUGCGGAGGACAUCACUGGACAUCCUUACAGCCUGGCGAUCACCUCGCCGGAAGGCGUUACCUUCGUGAAAGGCACGUGCCGAGAGGAAACCAGGUGGUGGGCCGACGUGCUUCAAGUCUACUCGAGGAAUAAGGGUCGGCAUAAACGGAAUGCCACGUUCCCUGGUGGACAGACUACCAUUCUUCAGGUCACUCCAACCAUCAGAAGCAAUACUCCGAAUCCACCGAGACCGCGUUUCAACAGCUGUCGCUCGGAGCCCCGAAGCAACACGUGGAUACCGGAAUCGAGCGUCUCGACGGACCUCUGUCCUUCCGUUUUCUCCUCGACGCCGUCCCUGGUGACGAACAGCGUGGUAACAACGGUGAGCAGCGGGAACAUGAGCAACGGUGCUAGCACAGAAUCCAACAACGAUCGUCGAGCGAACAAUUCGUCGCCUCUGAGGACCUCUGCACCCUUGGAGAACGGUGGCUCCUCUUACCUCUCCUCCGUUUCUUCGACUUCUCCAAUGAACGGAAACGUGGCCAGCACUGUUUACUCCGCCACGUCGACCGCUAAUAUAUCUACCACCACCACCAACAGCUCGUCGUUAACGGAGAAGCCUCCGAUCGUUCCCAACGAGGGUAGAUCCAGCUACAGGGAUCAACCGGCCAGCAGCGCGUCCCCUCCGACCAGGGACAAAUUGAGAGCAGAGGACAAGGCCAGGCGUAGGAUGAAUCAGCACGGGGAACGAACGAGUAUCGGCAGCGGGACCGCCUGUUCCAGCGAGAAACUAGACGACGACGCCUGUCGAAGAAUACUUUUGGAGCACGAGAGGGAAAGAGAAGGAAAACUGCGAGACAUCGCGGCUUCUUUGACCCAGCCACGCGCGAGGAGGAUCAAGCCUAGAACUUCCGAGCCGACCAGAGACGUGGUUGACGCAGCAAACGCAGCUUACCAGGAUAAAUUCAUCAGAGGAGAUCCCGAUGGAUGCGGCCUAGAUAUUUCAGGUAUCAGGUACUCUCCUACCUCUGAAUUAAGGGUAGAUUUACCCGCAGAGGAUUUGUUGAACAUCAAGAAAGGCUGGUUGAUGAAGCAGGCGCUGAGCAAGGAAUGGAACAAGCACUGGUUCGUAUUGCGAGGCUGCGGUCUCAUGUACUACCGGGAUCCUUGCGCGGAAGAUAAGGGUAUCAUGGACGGCGUGAUAGAUCUGAAUACCGUUACCGCCGUUACGCCCCUUCAGGUCGCAAGAAAUUAUGGAUUCCAGACUGUGGCGUGGGACGAUCGAGGGUCUACCGUGCUGUCCGCGGUGACGGCUGGUAUACGAGAUAGCUGGAUGACGGCUAUUCGAAGGGCUGCCAAUUUGCCUGAUCCGGAUAGUAACGUUGAUUCCCUAACGGUUUGUCAGGACAGUCAACAGGAUAACACUCCGCAGUCACCGACCGCAUCCAUCACAGAUCGCGAGAGGGACUCGGUCGUACCCUCGACCUCCGUCACGCCUCGUUCCGUUCUAUUUUCCUCCGACGAGGAGUACAGAACGGCGUCAGAGGGUGGUAGAAGAGAGUCGGGCGACUGGUCGGAAGUGGCCGUUUCGCCGCCGUUAGUGAGGAACGGUGACUGGGCCAACGGAUUAAAGAGUUCCAGCUGGUCGGAUUCCGCGAACCACGAAUGGUCGGAGCUGCCUCCGUCGCCACCUUUGACGAGAACCGCGUUGUCGCGGGUGAAAGCAAGAUCCAGAUCGAGUUCGAGGUCCAGGGUGUACAAGAGAAGUCGCAGCUCUCCACCGAGUUCCAGGAGAAGCACCUUGGACAGCGUGAGGUCGGAGGACCUGAUGAUGGCUUGCUGCGAACUCGGAGAAGACGAGGAGCAGAGCAACGGUCAUCUGCAGAGCAACAGCUGUCUGUCGAGCGGCAACGAGAAUCCUUUGAUCGUCGAACUGUUGGAGAACCAGGUGUCUUUGCUACGCGGUCAGCUUGAUCAGAAUGAAUCGCACCCAAGCACGCUACUAGUCAUUAUCGAGCGUCAGGAGAACGAGAUCGAGAGUCUAAAAUCGCAGUUGAACGCCGCGCGAGCCGACGUCGCGAACGCCGAGAAAGAGUUGUCCAGGUUGAGGCAACAGAAGGCUGAGGCCUCCAUCAGGGAGAAACAGGUGGAGGAAUUGUUAGGCACGAUUCAGAGGACGGAACAGCAGAGGAACAAGGACAUGGACGAUCUGGAGAAGAUGAAGAAGAUAUACAACAGGGAUAAAGAGGUGCUAGAGUGCAAGUUAUUGGAGACGGAAGCAAUCCUCAGGGAGACCAGCGAACGGUGUGAAAUGCUGACGAAAGAACUCGCGUCCAGUCACAGGACCGUCGAGCAUCUGCAGACUGAGAUUGCUUCCUUGAGCAACAGACUGUCGCAAGGAAUCGAGGAGAACGAUCGUUUGUACACCAAGGUCAGAGAAUUGGAAGAGAAGGGAGGACUAUCAGCUUCGAGAGAACGAGGAAGAAGCUUCGAUUCGCUCAGCGACUUGACGAACAUCGAGCUGGAUCUGGACUUGAAUUCGUUGGAUAAAGAAAGGAUUAUGGAAGAGUACGAGGAGCUUCGAAGUCGUUUCGAGAAGGCUAUCCAAGAGAUCCGGGCGAUGCGCAAGGAACUUCGGGAAGCGCACGCGAUGCAGGACGCAUUGGAGCUGGAGAUCUUUGCGCACAAACAGGACGCGAUCAGCGUGAACGAGACGAAUCAAGCUCAGAUGCAGCUGAUGGCAGCGAGGAUUCAAGAUCUGACGAAUAAACUAGCCGCCAGUGAGAAGCAAGUGAGAACGCUGAAGCAGAAGCUGACGAAAGCCGAGAGCAGAGACAAGAGGAGAUCGUUGUCGUUGAAGGGUCGCGAGUCCUUUCAGAUCUCUCAAGAGAUGGAGGACAAGCUGGUGGAUCUGGAGAACAAAAUCUGCGCGAUCGAACGUGGUAAGAGCAUCGUUGGCACGCCCGUGUCGACCGGUAGCAGCUCGAAGGAAUCGAGUCCUAAUCCAAAGAAAGAGAAGAGGAGGGACACCAAGAACCUGGAUCGUAGCAGGCUACGAAGAAAGUCGUUGGAUAGCGCGACCAGUUCUGAACCAAUGAAAGUGUUGAUCAGAUUGAGCACGUUGGAAACGAAGGUGGCAAACGUGACGGAGAACAUGGCCAGCGACGCGGAGAAGGAUUCCAGCGAGUGCAGCGAAGUGAGCGGGUCGUCUACCAGCGAGGUAUCGUUGGAGAUCAUCGCGAGGCUGAGGAAAUUAGAGCGAGUAGUGUCAAAGUCGAAGAGGAGGCUGGAGAAGUGUUUAGGUUCGACGCAGGCGGAGGACAAAGCGGAAAAGUGUUUGCGCGAGGUGAACGACAUCCUGGACUCGUGUUUAGAAUGUAAGAAAAAUCAAGCUAGCGCUCAAGCGACCGAGUCAAUAGGCGUAGUGGUAUCUAGACUAGAGACUAUACUUAAAGAUAAAUUCACCGAACUCACGAAGAGGCGGCAGACGAUGGCGCAGAACGGUCAGCUGGACGAGAGAGAGAAGAUGAAGCUGAUCGCCGAGAGGGUGGCGUUCGAGUUUAUCGUUCUGAGGCAGAUCAAACGAGCGAUCGGUCGUACGUACGAUAGGAGUGCCGUUCUCAGUGAAUUGGUCGAAACUAGUCAGCUUGCCUCAAGCUUAAUGCGUAAGAUUCACGGAACUAAGCCCAAAACGUACCAAAACACCAGUUACAUUCAGUAUCUUACUAAAGUGUUAGCGAAUAAGUUAGUACUAGUAGGCGGCGUGAACGCGACAGAAACGUCGAACGAACUUUCCGCUGCUCGUAGCGAGAGUUUCAACUUCUUGCUGCAGAAGCAACGCGAGGUGAACGAGAUCGUGCGGCGAUACAAAGAGACGAAACUUAGCCAGCUCGCCGAGGCUCUGGCUGUUGAAACGUUGAGCAUGUCCGACAAGGAGGAUCUCGGGAAACAACAGGUGAGCAAUUCGAGUAAAAAGUUACUGGAAGAUCGACGGAUUCGCGAGGCUUGGGCAUUGGCCCAAGAGACGGUUAGCAAGGAGCUCGUUCAGGCGGAAGUGUCGCACGUGAUCAUGCGUUGCGGUCAGAUGUACGAGCAGAACGUCACCAGCAUCAGCGACGUUUGCCUGAAUUUCGACGUUGCGGAAAACGUCACGUUGGAGUCUUGGAUAGACGCGAGCCAAGCGAGAUUGCGACAAGAAAUCGAGCUUUCCACCCGCGAACUAUCGGACGCGUACGAAGAUUGUCUUCGCUUGUUGAAGAGGAACAAGUCGACGGUAGAAAGCAAGUACGAAUCGCGACAGUUGUUGACGGACUACGCGGACGUGAUCGCGCACAAAGCUUUAAUCGAUGCCAGAAUCGGCCUUCUUCAGGAGAACACCAGACAAUUGACAAGCUUCCCUGGGGAGACUUUCGUAUCUAGUCUAAUCCGAAACGACGACCUUCUUUCCUCUCUGUUCGCGGACGAUUACGAUUUCCAAAGCAAUCCGAUUCUCGACGCCGAGUACAGUUACCUUUAUCAACAAUUUAGCAAGGAGUGCGAGGAUAGGAUAUCCGGCAAGCGUGGCUCGAAGGAACAGCUGAAGAACGUCGGUCAGAGUUUGCUCAGCUUGGAGGAUGAUCUGAUGGAGCUGAGCAAACGCGUACGAGAGAAAUCGUGCGAGAACGUUGCCGAUAACAGCAUCGUUUGGCCAAAAACGAUCACCGUCACCGAUUGGUCGAACGUCUGCGACAAGUGUUCGCAGUUGCGCGAGCAAAUCAAGAAGCUAAGCGAGUACAUGAAUCGCGUUACUUGCAAACAGUGCGAGCAGUUGCAAGAGACCAUUCAGAGGAUAACCGCGGAGCACAAGGAGGAACUGGAGAGCCUGAAGCGCAACCAGGAACGGGAUCUGAUGGACAUUAAGGGAGAGCUAGACAACCAGAGGCAAUCUUUAACGUCCCAAUACGAGCAUGAGGCUGCCAGUCUCCGAGAGAAGGCGAGAAAAUUGGAACACCGAUUGAACGCCAUGGAUUCCGAGCAUUCCGCUCACGUGAACGAACUGAGGGCCGCCUAUCAGAGAUCCAUGAGCGCGGAACUGGACACCGAUGCGGAGACGAGAAAGAGAUACAAGGAGGAGAUCAAACAGCUGCGAGCCCUUUGCGAGAAAGGUUUGCUGGCGAUGGAGAACUCUCAUAGACGGAUCAUCUCGGAGAUGGAAGAGAAACAUCGACAGGAGUUGGAGAACUUGAGGGUGGAGAAGGAACAAGCUUUAUCAGAGGAGACUCAGGCUACUCUGGCGGCGUUGGAUGCUAUGAGAAAGGCGCACGAACACGAGGUGCAGAAGGAAAUAGCCAAGUUCAAGCAGGAGUUCAUCAAACAGAUGCAAGCACGCGAGGACAUUGGCGUGCUUCAUAAGGAACACGAGGAAGAAAUGGAAGAAAUUAAGCAGGAGAUCCUUUCGUUAUCAGCUAAAUAUUCCUCCAAGUGUGUAGAGUCUGCAGCCUUAGAAGAAAAAGUUGGUUCUCUUACAAAACAGCUUGCCCAAGCGCAACAGCACAUCAUGCAACUGGACGUACGAAAUAAACAACUAAGGGCUCAUUUGGUGCUGGAAACGAACGAUGGCGCGAUCAACGACACCAUGCAAAUGUUAAGAGGCAAGGAGAACGAUAUAGCUGAACCGAGAGAGGAUAUCCACAGACUGCAACAAUUGAAGCAUGGGGACGGCCCUCGUGAUACGUGCGGCGUGACAUCGAAAUCGCCAACGCUAAGUUCGCCGCAUCGUGUACGGAGUAGUCAGGAGCCGCUGGUACGUGCGAGUAGCGAGGAGCAGAGAUUGACGAGCGAACGGCCUAAAAGCUCGAUGUCCACGUUGCAAAAGAGCACAACGGACAAACCGGCCGCGUUCUCCUACAAACUUGAACGCAUUAAGUCGGUGUCGUUGCCUUACUCGAGUAACUUGGUUAGUAGACCGGCGGGUAGUUCCGGCGGCGUUCAGUCGCACGAUAGGAAAGAGACGGCGGGCUUAGGGCAAAAGGGCCAAGAGCGUAACGGUCUGGCCUCGCCGCUGUGGGACAGCCUGAGACCAAGGAGCGGACUGCCCCAUCAGUAUCAAGGUGGCACAGCAGAGAUGCGAGUCGACAGCGCUGGCAGCCGGUGGCAGGACAACAACAAAAAUGAAAAGCAGCAACAACACGCGGAGGCAUUCCUCCGUGCCAACAAUCCUCACGCGUCCCGCUUCACCCCGGAACCCUCAGCUCUCUCCGUUGCAGAGCUGAUGAGGUCUCCAGCAGUGAGGUGGUCCAGCAGAAGUUGUCGCAGUUUGCCUCCAACACCUACGCCUAAUUACCAUCACCCGCUCCACCCCCCACUGCCAGCGGUGGGCAUGGUCGCCGAGAGGAAGAAGCGUUUUGAACUCUAAUUUUGCUGUUACCUUUCGUUUCUACGGUUCAGAAGGUUCAGAAGGUUCAGGCUUGUAAUUAAAUGAAUUUCGCGCGUGCGAUUAUUUCCGAAUGGUGCUAGACUGGUUGCUCGUUCGUGCACCUCUAUCGUCCAGCUUGAAAACGUAGACGAUUCUCUUCGUUGUAUGGUCAUCCUUGCAACUGGUAUACAAUUAAUAAUCGAACGGUCCACAGGUAUUUUGUCACUGCCAUAGCGAUUGAGUGGAGCAAAAAGAAAAAGAUUCGAAUUCCGUGUCGCUUGGGAUCGUGCUCUCGUCGUAACGUGACGAUAUUGAGCAUGUUUAUCAGGUAAACAUGAUUCAAUAGCCGAAACGAGGCUCAGGUCCCGCGAAUUCCGCUUCGCGAUUAAAUUCUAGGGGACUUUUCGUUCGUCUCUAAAGAGGUUUCCAAUUGUUAACUUUCAUUUCAUUCGUUGACACGUUUCUUCCACGACCGUUCCCUUUCUUUCUAUUCGUUUGAACAAGGAAGAAACAACAGGUUUAUUUUCUACGACUUCUUUUUUUUCUUUAUUUUCCUUUUUCUACCAUGAGUCGUUGAUGUUCCGAGAUCGAAAAAUAUUUGUACGCUUGUUUCGCUCUCGUUAUGUAUAGAUUUUGCACAUAUAAUUGAAUAUACGGCGUUGUCACCUUGCACUGUGUAUUACCGCAUCGUCUCAUUGUGUAAAUGUUUUUGUCGGAUCGCGAUAUCAUUUUCUUUUGAUGUUAAUACUGUAUAGUUUAUGACGUUUUCGAUGUAAGGAGAAAAUUAUAAAUAGUCUAGAAUUAACCCUUCCUUCCAUGUGAAAUGGAUUGUUUAUAUUAUAUGUUAUUAUUGUAUUCUAUAUUAUAUAUAUAUAUAUUGUCGCGAUUCGUUUCAACGGGGAUGUCGUUCGGCAUCGUGAGAGCGAAAAAAAAAGAAGAAAUUAUCGAUAACAAUACGAUUCAUUAUCUCUUAUGUAGAGUAAUUACUCAGGAUUGUUUAACAUUUAUAAUAUAUUACGAUUAUACUUAUUGUAUUUGUAUUAUAAUUUAUAAUACCGUUUGAAA